AUGAGAUCGGCGACCCCUGAUUUGGACCCUUCCCAAGCCACCGAUGAGGAGCCCAGUCGGAAGAUGCGCGAGACUUGCAAUGCCUGCCAAGCAGCCAAGAUAGGCUGCGGGCACCAACGUCCCACGUGUACGCGAUGUGAGAAGCACGGGCUCGAGUGCAUAUACUCCAUGUCUCUGCCAUUAGGACGACCCGCCAAGAACAAGACCAAACGUUCCCGGCCGGUCUCAUGCGAGCAGUUGAGAGGUCUUCAGUCGGGUCCUGUUAAUCGCGUGGUGCGGCAGGGGAAACAUGGACGGGAAUCAAGGACGAGGCAACAACCGAAUGCAAGGGUAUGCAGAGACCCGGUUCCAUCAAACAGGAGCGACUCGAGCGCCGAGGAGGUUACAUCCGAGGUUGGUGACGUGCAGGCGAUUGGUUGCACGGCAGUUGGAUUCUUUGAGACUGGUGACCCUAUUGGAGACUGGAUUCUGGAGCAAGAAUGCGCCAUCGCACGGGGAGCAGGACCUAUCGACUAUUCAGGGUUAUUCCACAACUUGGCCUUGGAGAAUAGGUGCAUUUCCAAAACACCCACGUUCCACACAGGAUUCAAACCUUUGUGCAUUCCGCGUACUCACUUUCCUACACAGAACCAGGGUCUUCCUGCAAUCGGCCCAAUGGCAGACGCAUCUCUCACGAUUCACAUUGUGGAUAGAGGAUUGAACUUUGCCAAAGUAGCUGCACCAAAUACCCAGACCACGUCAUACUUUCCAGGUGUAUUAUGCACCGCCGGGACGUUCAUUUGGAACGAAGAAGAGGCGUUCCAUCCAACGCAGGACCCGUGGAGAGUUCCUGGGAUGCCCCCCAGCAACAUCUUCACGAGCCCCAUGGACGCUGGCAGCAUAGAUCAAUGUCUUUCUUCAGAAGAGAGCGAUUCAGAGUCACUCUCUGAAUGUACCUCUUCUCUUCGCUGUGAUUGCCACGAACUAGCAUCGAGCGAAGUUGUUCGAGCCCUUGAAUCAAAGAGUACCCGGAGGAUGCUGUUUCACCUGGGAAAGGUGCAGCAACAGGCAGAGAAGAUUCUCGAAUGUCCCUUUUGCAGCGUGUCCAAAUCCCGGGCUAACGUCUUCAUACUUAUAAUCAUGGCGAUUGACACGGUGCUGCCGAUAUUGGAGAUGACGGCAACGUCUGCCAGUGUCAGUGCGGACGGAGAGGUUCGUUCGGGUCGGGGAGAAGUGGUAGACCUCAGCCAGUCGCGCGCGUGUCUGUCUAACUUGUCAUUUGUUGUUCGUAGAAUUUGUAAAGUCUUGCUUUCUGCCUCCCCUUCUGAUGGGCAGUUGGCUUUGGCUGAUGAGACAGAUCGGCGACUGCGGUUGAUUAUUCAGUUGAUUGAGUGA